CCUAUUAUUACGUUCCAGGUUUCCAUUGUUAGUUAACAAAUAAAACACAAUGGGUUUAGGUGGUUGUGAAGCGUUUGGAAUUGUUUUGUCGCUCGUCGGCACCGCGUUGUUGCUUACAGCUCAGUUAUUAGCGCCAUGGAAGACUGUGGGAGACACCUGGAUCGGGAUUUGGAGAGACUGUAACGUUGGGAGGUUGGAUCAAUGCGGGGGGUUAACUGAUUGGUUGAAACGGAUCGACGUCACUGCUGCGCGAGGAUGUUUCAUCGCUGCGGAUGUUUUGUUCCUCAUCUCCCUUAUAUUGAUGUUGUUCGCUAUAUGUGCGGACAAGAAGGGUGGGUUAAUCACGGCUAAAGGAGGGUUGGAGAUUACUGCAGGCAUUAUUAUACUUGCUGGUUGUGGGGCUUUCACCGCUUUGAACCUGGUUGAUCUUGGUGCCAUUAGCGACAUUGGACUUUUCGGCUUAGAGCUAAGAAGAGAUUUCGGGUACGCCUUCUACCUCGGCUGGGCGAGUGGAGGGGUUGUGUUUAUAAGCGGUAUCUGUUUGGUCGUGGGAGGGAAUCAACGAUCAAAGAAGGAGAAAGCUUCCAACAGCCUACCCGUGGUGAUGAUUCCACAAUACGGACCACCCAAAGAUGUCAAUGUCAACACCGUAUCAAGAAACCAGGUGGCGCCAGUGACAUUUGGAUAACCGAAACUGAACCGAUGACUUUCUGUAUUUAUCGACCGCACUUACUUUUGUUUACACAUAACUCUUAUAUUCCUAUAUGUUGCACCAAUAUGUAAAUAUCCUCGUUUAUUCCUGAGUUUGAUGAUUCAGUUUUAAUGAGUUCUUGCACGUCAUCUAGCGGUUGUGUUUUGUAGCGAUUUUUUUAUAUUGUGAUUGGUUUAUAUGAUGUAACAAUGGUGUUUAUGAUUAAUUAUAUAAUUAGUGACGUCAUCAUUGCAAAUAUUGCAUUUGGUUUUCUAAUAAACUUAAAAAAAAAGAUUUUCGAACAA